CGAACGCGCCUUCGUGACGUGCCCGCGCCCGCGCAGACAGACACGCUGUUAGUGUUUUACCAACAGGCUCGAAAUUCCACAGAACGAGUCCGAGAUUGCGCUACGGGAAGACGGGGACUCAUCACGGAAAAACUCCGGCGUUUUGCGGAUACGUAAAGCCAGCACUAUUUGACGGGAUAACCGACGUCCUGACGUCGGGAACAUGAGCUAAAGUCACCCCCGGGGGAGUCCGCAGAUGGAGGCGGUGACAAGUUUGUUGUUUCUCGGGGCCGUGUUGCUCCGAGGCUCGGGCUCGCUGGCCAGGGAAGUGUGCCUCGGUACUGACAUGAAGCUGGCCCUGCCCUCCAGCAUAGAAAACCACUACGAGACCUUGAAGCUGCUUUACACCGGCUGCCAGGUCGUCCACGGCAACUUGGAGAUUACUCACCUUCAUGGGAAACCGGACCUCUCCUUCCUGCAGGGGAUCGUGGAAGUACAGGGCUACGUUCUUGUGGCUCACGUCUCGGUGGACCUGGUACCCUUGGACAACCUUCGGAUUAUCCGAGGCAGCCAGCUGUAUAACUCUAGCUACGCUUUAGUGGUGCAGGAUAACACUCAGGGCGCCCAAGGUGGACUCCGGACACUUCGUCUUCGCAGCCUUACAGAGAUCCUUUUGGGCGGCGUCUAUAUUUGGGGAAACCCACAACUGUGCUUCCCGGACCCUGAGAAAAUUGUGUGGAGGGACACCUUGGAUGAGCAGAACGCCCAUGCCGGGCUGCACCGACUCCAGCCCAGGGCUUCAAACUGUCCCAAUUGUGCCCCUACGUGCCGCAAUAGCUGCUGGGGAGAAACGGCGCAGGAUUGCCAAGCCAUGACCCGAAUAGAUUGCGCGACAGGCUGUCAGCGGUGUAAAGGUCCUCAUUCUAAUGACUGCUGCCACAUGCAAUGUGCCGCCGGGUGCACGGGACCUAAAGACUCCGAUUGUCUGGCUUGCCGACACUUUAACGACAGCGGUGUGUGUAAGGACAACUGCCCGCCGCCCACCAUCUACGACCCGGUCACCUUUCAGACCAAACUCAACCCGGAUAAGAAGUUCAACUUUGGUGCUACCUGCGUCAAAACGUGUCCAUAUAACUACCUGGCCAUGGACGUAGCAUGCACGCUGGUUUGCCCCAAAGCCAACCAAGAGGUCAUCAUCUCCAAUCCCGACGGGGACGAGACGCAGAAAUGCGAGAAAUGUGAAGGCGACUGUCCGAAAGUGUGUUAUGGCCUGGGUAUGGACAACCUUGGUGUCAUGGACAACCACGGGGUCACCAUGGUAACCUCUUCCAAUGUGGAGCAGUUCAGCGCUUGUAAGAAGAUUUUUGGAAGUCUAGCCUUCCUCCACCAGAGUUUCACUGGGGAUCCUGUGAGUAACACAUCGGGCCUGACUCAGCACCAGCUGAGAGCCUUCAAGAACCUAGAGGAGAUUACAGGUUAUUUAUACAUUGACUCCUGGCCACAAGACUGGACCGACCUGUCUGCCUUCGAGAACCUGAAGGUGAUCCGCGGCAGGAUGCUCUACAAAGGCGUGUUUUCCCUGGCUGUCCAAAACCUACGCAUCCAGUCGCUGGGGUUGCGUUCGCUGCGGAGCAUCAGCGGAGGUUUGAUCCUGUUGCACAACAACUCUCAGCUGUGCUACACCGAUUCCUUGCCCUGGAACAGCUUGCUCCAUCCCACCCAAGGGCCCCAUUACAUAGUCAACCAAAACCAAGACCGCCAACGUUGUGAGGCGGAGGGGCGCGUUUGUCACCCGCUGUGCAAAGGUGGCUGUUGGGGGCCGGGGCCCGCCCAGUGCGUCUCCUGCAAGACUUUCCGGCGGGGCGCAGAGUGUGUGGAGCAGUGUCAUCUCCAUCAGGGGCCUGUCCGUGAAUACAUCGACGGAUUCUCAUGCAUCGCCUGCCACGCCGAGUGUCGGCCUAUCAAUGGCUCGGUCACCUGUCAUGGGCAGGGUGCCGACCAGUGCAGUGAGUGCCAGAACUUCCAGGAUGGAGAGUCCUGUGUGGAGCAUUGUCCAAGCGGUGUGAAGGAAGACCAGCAGACAGUGUGGAAGUACAGCAACGCUACAGGACACUGUCUGCCUUGCAACACCAAUUGCACUUUGUCGUGCACUCAGAUGGACGAAAGAGGCUGUCCAAUCCAUCCUAAAACAGGACCGGGUACGACCAUCGCGGCCGCCGUGGGCGGCGUGGUGCUCUUCUUCAUCCUUCUGGCGCUGCUGAUUUUCUACCUGAGAAGACAAAAAAAGCUGAAAAAGAAGGAGACCCUCAGGAGGAUUCUCCAGGAGCAUGAACUGGUGGAACCUCUGACACCCAGUGGAGCGUCACCCAAUCAGGCUCAGAUGCGCAUCCUCAAGGAGACGGAGUUAAAAAAGCUCCGCGUGCUCGGUGCUGGCGCUUUUGGGACGGUGUACAAGGGAGUAUGGACUCCGGACGGGGAAAACGUGAAGAUACCGGUGGCCAUUAAGGUUUUACGGGAGAACACCUCCCCGAAAGCCAAUAAAGAGAUCCUCGAUGAGGCGUACGUGAUGGCGGGUGUGGCCAGCCCCUACGUGUGUCGCCUGCUGGGGAUUUGUUUGACGUCCACGGUGCAGCUAGUCACUCAGCUCAUGCCCUAUGGCUGCCUUCUCGACUAUGUCCGGGAAAACAAGGAUCGCAUCGGCUCGCAGUUCCUACUCAACUGGUGUGUCCAGAUUGCCAAGGGAAUGAACUACCUGGAGGAAGUGCGCCUCGUCCACAGGGAUCUGGCGGCCCGCAACGUUCUGGUGAAAAACCCCAACCACGUCAAGAUCACGGACUUCGGCUUGGCGCGGUUGCUCGAUAUUGACGAGACAGAAUAUCACGCGGAUGGGGGGAAGGUGCCCAUUAAAUGGAUGGCGCUGGAGUCCAUCCUGCACCGAAAGUUCACGCAUCAGAGUGACGUUUGGAGCUACGGAGUGACGGUGUGGGAGCUUAUGACGUUCGGCGCAAAACCCUACGACAUGAUCCCGGCUAGAGACAUCCCGGAUGUUCUGGAGGGCGGCGAGCGCCUGCCGCAACCCCUCAUAUGCACUAUUGACGUCUAUAUGAUCAUGGUCAAAUGUUGGAUGAUCGACCCGGACAGCCGACCCAAAUUUAAAGAUCUAGUGAGUGAUUUUUCCGCCAUGGCCAGGGAUCCGCCUCGCUACGUGGUCAUUCAGAACGAAGAGCAGAUGAGCCUAUCCAGCCCCGUGGACAGUCAGUUCUUCCGGAUGCUCCUGGAGGAGGACGGGAACAACAUGAGGGAGCUGCUGGAUGCUGAGAAGUACCUGGUGCCUCAACCCAACCUCUAUCCAAGGUCGCCGGGAGAUGGGGCGCCCUCAAACGGGCCAUCCAGGCAUCACUCCUAUCGGAGCAGAGAUCCGAGCUUAGAUGUGGAACCCCCCACAGCUGCCCCAGCCCCUCGCAGCAUGUACUCCUCCCUCAGCACGCUGGGACGCAGUCAGUACCCCACCCUCCCGGCGGGAGCCAGCGCCUCCAACGGUACGUGGACCCCUCUUUACCCCACGCUGGCACGCAGCCCCUCCGCCGGCGGCCAGUCGGACUCGGUCUUCCUGGACGGAUCGACGGAGGACCCCUCGCUACCUCCUGCCAGCCCCGGACGCUACUGCAAGGACCCCACCUACGGAAGCCAGGGCGAGUUGGAGACGGACGGCCCCAACGGGUUCCUUCAUCCCCCUCCUCUGCAUCACACGCUGCCCAGGAGAAGUCACGUUUAUAAUCAAAACCACGUCUUGCCAGAGUACGUCAAUCAGAAUGUCCCCGAAAGCAGACCGGAGCGUCCGACCACGCUUCCCCGGAAGCUCACCAAAGUGGACCGCCGCCUCCCCAACGGCCUUAGUUCGGGCCACAGCGUGGACAACCCCAGGUACUUAGUCCCCUCUUCCCCGCCCGCCUUCGACAACCCUUACUACUUAGACCUCGUGGCCAAAGCCAAAGCCGCAUCGUCGGCGGACGGCCCGACAGAACCGGAGCGUGGCGGACAAGUCAAUGGAUUUGUCACUCCCACCGCGGAGAAUCCGGAAUACCUUGGACUGGCGGACACCUGGAGCGGAUAUACAUGAACCUCUUAAGCACGGGAAGAUUAGCGGAAUGGCAGCUUGUGAAGUGGAAACGGAAGUCCACCGACAUAUUUAUGCAGCUUGAGUGUCUUUUUCGGAUUGUGCGGGCAACUUAGAAGGUGACGACGCACUCUGACUCAUCCAUUCAUUCACUUUUCCUGGUUUAUGUUCCUUUCUGGAACAGUGGAUUACUCAGCCUCUGUAAAUAAGUCACCAUCAAAGAACAACUGAGCAUGGUUUGUCAAGCAAUUUCCAACCGUUUCUCCAUUUCAGGACCAUUAGCAUUCCGCUCGCUUUCUUCCACACCCUAGCGGGGGUCUUAAAAAGACACUUUGUUAUGGUCAGAAGGGUCCCCUGUGUUGCCCAUCUGGCCCAAAAGAAUGAGGCGCUCUAUGCAGAAGACGGCGGCAGCUGCAGCUUCUAUGUGCUACCACCCGGAAUGCAUAAGCGUGCGUAUCAUACACCAGAAACGACGGUACGUAUGAAUUCCUCCGAAGCCUGGAGGCCACUGAAUGUAUCCCAACAAUGGUGAAGGAAUCUCAUGAGUGCUCAUUUUUUAACCUUUCAUAGGACGAAUGACUAUUUUUAAAUAUUUUUAAAAAUGAAUGAAACCCAUAAAGACCGGGCGUCCACGUACGUGGACAUCACACCCAAAAAUGUAUUGUCCACAUUAGCGCUGCCGCAAUGAUUAUAUUUCCCCCGAUUAGUCUUUCGACUAUUUUUACCACUAGUCUAAUACAUUUUUUGACUAAUCUAGCGGUUAUUUUUUAGUUGACGAUAAAAGACAAAAGGAAAAGAAGUAGUAGUAAAGCGGGACUAGCAAUGCGUCUACAAGCCCUAACACAAUUUGACCAGUCACUGAAGCAGUGGUUCUUAACUUUGCUAAAGCUACUGAACCCUACAAGUUUCACAGGUGCAUUCACCGAACCAUUCGGAAUUUCAUAAUAAAGCCAUGUUGUUACGAAUUAAAAACUUAGCAAGCUAGUACCUAGAAUUCCUGUUUAAAUUUCUUCCAGACUUCAAAUUUGCUACAAACAUUUUGGCCAGCUUCUUCCGUAUUGUGUAUUCACUGUGAAUUGGAUUUGUGUAAAUAAAUUGUCUCCACUUGUAAACAUGUGACUCGUUUUAUGUUGCUUCCUUAGCGAGCCGUCUACAUUUUCAUUGUCGCAUCCAGGGGUUAAUUUGUGCCUGAUCCUGGCGGAACAAGAUCCGGCACCUCUUGAUUUUGGCCUCCCUGUGUUCCGGGACUUAUUUGGGCAGAUUCAGCACCUCUCGUAUAUAGAAAAUAAUAAUAAUAAUAUGUGGACUGGCGAUUUCCGUAGCUCGUUCGUCGUUGUUCUUCGGGGAGGUGGUGUAGUUUAAAAAACACAAAGAUGCCUCGGAUGGCUGUUGCAUGGAGACUAUUAUUGACUAAACAAAAACCAGCGGGGGACAGUCAGCCAGUCACCACCACACUCCCGCGCAACUUUUUUUGCUCCCGCUCUCUCCCCCUUAUGCUCGCCCACUUCUUCUAUGCCAAAUUGGCAAUGCCGGUCACACUGAGACUGGACAGCAGCCUCUUGGAGAUGCCGGUAACAAUGUUGUUUAUAAAAAUUUUAUGUCCUUUGAAGGAGUCUGAGAUAUGUUGAUGCACUGAAAAGCUGGACCAACAAAUCAACCCUCUGAUUUAAAAAAAAAAAAAAAAAAAAAACGUUGGAAAUUUGUGGCAUUUGGUGAGCAAGCAGCCAGAAUCAAACGAUACUUCAACAUGCCAAAAAGAGUUGUAUUUACUGUCCUUUUUUAAAAAGAAGGUAGAUGGUUCAAAAGGAGUAAGAAAAGCAGCAACCGGCGAGGAGGGCAACUGCAGCGAUCAUGCUAACGGGCAGGACCAGUUGCAACAGGAGGCUAGCACCGCAGCAGCUAACUUGGUUCACGGAAUUGUAUUUAACAUUACAGACAUAAUGUUACUCAUCCAGAGUCUUUAGUUUAGGCUUAAGGUUAUCAAAGGGUUAUCAAAUUUAUCCCGAUAACGGCGGUAAUUAAUUUUUUAAAAAAUGUAUCACGUUAAAAUAUUUAAUGCAAUUAAUGCAUGCGCUGCACGACCCACUCACGCAUUGUCGCGCUCAACCUGUAAUGGCGCCGUUUUAUCUAUAUAGAGAGCUAAAAGGCAGCGUAAAAUGAGUAGAGUGAAUUUUGGCAGCCUUAGGAGCCUUUUUUUCAUUGGCUAAAGCCUUACAAUCCCUCUCCCUACGAUUAGAAAUAUCGUGGGAAGCAAUGUGGGGAAGCAAGGUAGCAAUUGAUCUUUUUCUUAACGCCCUAUGUUAUUUCCCAACGCAGAGAAGAUAUAUCAAUUGGUAGCACUAGGCACAGUCAUGGUUGCUAAAGGCGUGUUACAUCCACCCAUCAUGCAUUUGGGCAUGGCUACAGUAUCAUUUACUGAAAGCUCAACAAAUACACUAGAUGGCAAUAUUUAGUCACAAUAUACAAAGUCACAAGUCUUUCUAUCCGUUGAUCCCUCUCACAGAAAGAAUGUUAAUGUAAAUGCCAUCUUGAGGAUUUAUUGUCAUAAUAAACAAAUACAGUACUUAUGUACUGUAUGUUGAAUGUAUAUAUUCGUCCGAGUUUUAUUCAUUUUUUUCUUAAUGCAUUGCCGAAAUGUAUAUGAUCGGGAAAAAUUAUCGGGAAUGAUUGGCAUUGAAUCGGGAGGAAAAAAAAAGCAAUCGGAUCGGGAAAUAUCUGGAUCGGCAGAUACUCAAACUAAAACGAUCGGGAUCGGAUCAGGAGCAAAAAAACAUGAUCGGAACAACCCUAAUUAAUACCAUGGAUAUUACCAAAUUUGAGGCUUGCAAGUCCCAUAGCAUGGCAAGUAGGCAUUUGCGUGUUGUUUUCAGCAUCAUUUUCUGCGUAUGUUCCGGGACCUGUGCUCAUCUCGUCAUCCCUGCGCUGUCAAAGUACUUUGCGUUCCGGAACCUUAUGAUUUACAAAUUAAGCACUGGUCACAUCCUUGCAUCACAUACAAUUUUCAUGACGGAUUUUUAAAAUUAUCUCCGCAGUUCACGCUGUCUGUAGGUCUGGUAUACUUCCUCACACCAAGUGCCAGUCAACCUUCCACUGAGCAAACCGAUUUCUCCUCCCAUUAGAUAGAGGGCUAACAUUUGAAAAAUAAAAUAAAGCCUGUAAAUUUAGGGCAAACCAGUCCAAAUCCUGGUCUAAAACACCACUUUGCCUAGAUUUAGUCAGCGUACAAAAUAGGGCUCUGCAUUUCUUAACCUUCACCGAACCCUUGAGGCCUCCUCACCGAGCCCCAGUUAAGAACCACUGCACUGGACUGAAAUAGCUCCUUUAAUGUUAGUUUCAUAAUGCACAAAGCUGAAAGACAACACGGUAAUUUUAACUGCUACCUGCUGCUUUGAAAAAAAUUCAACGAUGCACGUUAAUAUGACGCACAUAAUGGCAACUUCAGUAAAACAAUGUCGUUAGUUGGUUACAUGGAAUUAGGACCCUCCAGCUUUUUGUCUUCUGUCUUCUUUCAACAGGACACCUGGGUGAAGGUGUUUCAGGUGUUCGUACAUAGUCGAGGUGCUGCCGUGGUACGCAAGCUCGGCUUUACUGUAAAAAGACUGCACAUGACAGUGAAAAUAAGACCAUACUUUGGACACUCUGGUCAGCGUUUAUGCUUUAUUGUCCCGCUGUCCUCUUCCCUACUCGAAACUCUCGCCAUCUUAACGCUGCACGUGUUUUCAACUUUUUUUUUUUUUUUUUUUUUGUAUCAACUGUCGAUGGUAUGUUGUGCUCGUCGACACAUUUACAUCAUUGAUGACGUCAACUAAUCGGGACUGCUCUAGUCCUCACAUAUGGACACCAGGCUUUAAUUGUAAUUCGAUUAUUUUCAGACCAACAGGAGGGAGGUCUCAAGUUCUCGCUCACUUUGUUCUUUGCGGUGAGGACAUUAGCUAAACUUGCUACCCUUCAGUUAUUCAGAUUCAUAAACGGAUCGGAAUUAAAUUUGGUAGGUGUAUCGUAGGGAUGUAUAUGCAUCAGAGCCAGAUUUUUUUUUUUUUUUCAUUGGCUGCAAUUGACAGUGCUAGACGUCCAAUCCAUUUGAAGUUGGAGAGUUUUUUUUGUUUUUUUUAAUUAAUGAUUAUUGUGUUGUUUUAAUACUGUUUUAAUAUCAAUUUUUUAUGUAAAUACUAGGGCUGUCAAAAUUAUCGCGUUAACGAGCGGUAAUUAAUUUUUUAAAUUAAUCCCGUUAAAAUAUUUGACGCAAUUAACGCACAAAUGCCCCGCUCAAACAGAUUAAAAUGAGAGCACAGUGAAAGUUGUACUUGUGUUUUUCGGAGUUUUGCCACCCUCUGCUGGCGUUUGGGUGCAACUGAUUUUAUAGGCCUCAGCAUCCAUGAGCAUUGCGUAAGUAGUUAUUGACACCAACAAUGGCGGGCUACUAGUUUAUUUUUUGAUUGAAAAUUUUACAAAUUUUAUUAAAACGAAAACAUGAAGAGGGGUUUUGAUAUAAAAUUUCUAUAACUUGUCUUUUAAGAACUCUUUCUAAAAGUCUUUCUAUCCAUGGAUCGCUUUAACAGAAUGUUAAUAAUGGUAAUGCCAUCUUGUUGAUUUAUUGUGAUAAUAAAGAAAUACAGUACUUAUGUACCGUAUGUUGAAUGUAUAUAUCCAUCUUGUGUCUUUCCAUUCCAACAAUAAUUUACAGAAAAAUAUGGCAUAUUUUAUAGAUGGUUUGAAUUGCGAUUAAUUACGAUUAAUUAAUUUUUAAACUAAUUAACUCGAUUAAAAAUUUUAAUCAUUUGACACCCCUAGUAAAUACGUUUAUAAUUUAGUAAAAACGGAAAUACACUCUAGUUAUGGCCCCCAAUAACUGUAAAGUGGUUAUUCUUAAUAGGUCUCAAUUAUAAUUAUUUUUUAUUUGUAGUUAUUGUUGUAUUUUUCAAUAUUUUAUAUUUUUUUAAUAAAUGAAAUAAUAAAUGUCAAUACAAAGAAAAUAUCAAGUUAAAAUGAAUAUAAACAGAAAUAGACUCAUUAUGGUCUCCAAAAACGCACUAGUUUAUUUUUUCAUAUUAACAGUAGGUCAACGUUAUAUUUUUUAAUCAUUUUUUGUAUUUUAUAAAAAGAUGUAUUUUUCAAUGAAAUAAUAAAACUGGCAUUAAUAUGAUUUAAAAACUAAAUAGGGCCCCCUAUAACACUCUAAUGUUGUUGUUUUUUUGUAUUUCAUAGUAUGUCUUUUAUAUUAAAAACAAAAAUCUUUUUAAAAUGCUUUUUUUUUGACUCAAAAUUGGAAAACAAAAAACAAAUACACCCUAAUUUGGCCCCGCAAUAAUUUUUUCCCCCCUUUAAUAGUAUUUAACACAUUGGCUGCCAUUGACAUGGCUUGAUGUCCAAUUCAUUUUGAUCAAAAUGGAUUGGACGUCCAUCGCCGUCAAUGGCAUCCGACUUACACGGCUGCCCUAUGAAUGGUUAACUUGAGCGCUCAUGUUUUCAGUGUAGCUAAAGGGAGACGUUGUUUUAUUUCCUGCCGCAUUGCUAAAAUUCCGCCCGGCAACACCACAAAAGUCACACAAUGGCGUCCCAGUUAAUCUUCAACUGUCUUUUCUGUCCUCGUGUCUGCUGGUGGCCAAAGAGAGGUCAACGUUAGUCAAUGGGCGCAUUGUCUGACCUCCUCGACAAUGUUGAGGACGCAAACUUUCGCUCAGUUUUUUUGUUUUUACUGCCUCACAGCCAAACCUGCUAAAAAUAUAGAUAUAUAUGUAUUGACAUGUAUUGUAUAGAACUAAAAAAAUCUCCAGGAAAUUGUGCUUUAAAAUGGAUUACAAUCAGAUCAGUUUUGAACUUGAAGUUGUUGUUUUUUUAACUAACAUAUUUGGUUCUGAAACCUAAUUUUACUGUUGAAAACGGUACAUCAACAUUAUUACAGUGGCUUUCUUAAAGACAAAUAUUUUAGUAAACAACAAAAAAUGGGCAUUUUUCUUACACUGCCAAACUUUUAUUUUUUGUACUAUUUCUCCAUCUUGUAAAUACUGUAUGUAAUUGUGAAUAUUUUGUGAUCAGUCUACUGUUGACAAAAAGCACACGAUGAAGAAAAAUGCUCAGUUGUACAGUGUGUGAACUUGUUUGCAUAUUGUGUGUGUUCAAGGAAUAAACCAUAGAUAUCACAUAUAUAGAUGUAGAAGUGAAAAGUCGGGGAUUGGCGGUGUUAGUAACCAGCGGCCAUCUUAAAGCAGUGGACUUCUCUGGCAGGCUGUUUUGCAGUGAGCCUGAGGUGAGUGAUUUUCUCCAUUAAAAUGAUGUAUUUUUAAACAAUAUGAUUUAUAACAAACCAUAUCCAAAAGGAGCCAACUCUUUGAGCUUGGUAAAAACUAGGGCUCCAGCUAUCGAUAAUUUUAUUAGUCGAUUAAUCGAUGAACCAUUAGUUUGAAUAAUCGAGUAAUCAGAUAAGGUACAUUAAAAAUUAAAUUACCUGAGCUGAGCCUCAAACGGUAUAAUAAAAAAAUGAAGAUCUAUGUACAACAAAAGAACAAUUGGCUAACUUUCAUAGCAAAAGUCCGCUAGUUUGAAUGCUAUAAAAUGCUAACUUUUUUACAAUGCUCUUAACAAAUGGUUGAGACCGUUAUUCCCACAAAAAUAGGCUAAAUAUACAUAUAAACUAAAUUACGAAUGCAUUUAAAAAAAAAAAAAAAAAAACAGCUCAAACAAAAACUUGGCUUAUGUUGGUCUUAACAAGGAGCACCUGGAUUCAGCCAUGUGAAAUGAGGCAGACUAGAAGGCAGCGUAUCCACCCAAAUCAAUAAAACUAAAUGCAAACACUUUCAAAAUAAACCAUUACAACGCCACUUAAACGAAUAGUUGAAGCAGCAAAAUUUUAAUUUGAAUCUUUUUCUUUAAUCGAAUACUCGAGUUAAUCGAUUAAUCGUUGCAGCACUAGUAAAAACUUUUGUAAGUGUUCUCAGCAGCGUGAGCGGAUUUGAGUAGACUGGAUG